AAGACUAUCCAUUAUGACAUGUAUGCUAUACUCUGUGGGCUCCUGUCAGAAUAUGAAUCUAUUCAGAAUAAAAUAAAAAAUGGUUAUCUUUUUAAGGAUCAUCUGGAUAAAGCAAUUGAGCUGAAACCUGAAGAUCCUCUGUCUUAUUACUUGCUGGGCCGCUGGUGUUAUGCUGUGUCACAAUGUACGUGGAUAGAGAGGAAAAUCGCUGCUACUUUGUUUGGAGAGCCACCCAGUGCCACAGUCCAGGAUGCCCUGCAGAACUUCCUCAAGGUAGAAGAGAUCAGUCCCAAGUAUUCAAAAUUCAACUAUGUGUUUUUAGCCAAGUGUUACAAAGACUUGGGUCAGAGGAGUCAAGCCCAACAGAUGUGUGACGCUGCCUCUGCAAUGAACAUUCAGACUAAAGAGGAUGAGGAGGCACAGAAGGAAUUGGACUCUUUUGUUGCAUCACUUUAACAAGUCUCCAACAAAAGCUGUCUGUCUUUGUGUUCCGUCUCUUUGAACUCGACUGUGACUGCACUGUAGCUGUUUACACACAAACCAACAUAUGAGCUACUAAUGUUGGCCAGGCCACGUUAUUCCUCUAAAAAAGGGGAGACCAGCAGCAAUAUAUUGUUUAUUUUUAGUUUAUGCACAAAAUACUGUAAGUUUCUAUUGAAUUUUUUUGU